AGGUAAAAAGUACAGCAAUCAAUGUUAAAAAAUAUCAUGAUUAGUUAACUGCUGCACGGCACCCUUCCGAACCGAAUACCCCCUAUUCGGCCCAUUAACUGGGCCGGCUGAUUUAUCAGUCUGAUAGCCAAUAAAAGGCCAAAUUAUCGGGUGGGCGGACUAAUUGCCCAAAAUAUAGCCUGUUUCCAACCCUUCUCCCAGCCGCAUGUAUCCCUCCCUUCUCCCGAUCUAGGUUUAGGGCUCCCGCUCCUCCAGAGGAGCCGCCACCGCCGCUGCCACCGCCUCUGCCCCAAGCAGCCGCCAGCAACAUCAGGCAGCCAGCGCCUCCCCUCCUCCAAGAGCCUCCCUCAUCCGCUCGCCUCCCCUCAUCCAGCAACAAGGAGCAGCUAGUGCCCCCGCCCCCGAGCUCGCCGCCUCCUCACCGACCAGCCAACGGCGCCGUCUUCCAGAUUGCUUCCCCAAGCUUGCUACUCCUUCCUGCUUCGUCGCCUGCUCCUCCGCUCCUCUGUCCAUGGCUUCCUCAAGCACCAAGGUUCACAAUGGAUUGGUAAAAAGAAGGAAUGUACCCAAGGAGCUUUAUCUAUCAAAACUAUGUAGAAGUGAGAAUGGCCUUAUUGCAGUACCCGUUGUUGCUAGCACAUAUGGUAGGGGUUUGCCCUAUGCUCCUGAAAAUUGGCCAUGUAGUGGAGAUGAAUGGCAUUGGAAAGUGGUGGGAAAUAGAUCUACUAUGAGUGGGCACUGGUCCGAUAGGUAUCUUAUCCCACCCUCACGUUUUUGUGCUACUAACAAAAGUAUAAUACUGAGAAGUAAGCAAGAAGUUAUAAAGUUUAUCAAGACACUAUUUCUCGAUGUUGAACCCGACACAUUUUUAUCUAUGUUUAUAUGGAGUAUCCGUGCUAAAGGGAGCAUGACUCAAAGAGGAGCUCAACAAGUGAGGGGCCUUGAACUUGAAACUCUCACAGUGGAUCCAACUGAAGAGAUAAAUGGAAUAAUUGAGCCGUCAUUAGCACUGGGUUAUGAUAACUUCUCUACAUUUCCUAAUUUCUAUCAUGACAGUUGUUGCAUUAUCUGCGGUAGAACUGUUGACUAUUCCUUUCGAGGUUAUAACUACAUAAAGUGCAAAGUAGUUGUGGGUGAGAACAACAUAUGUGGGCAUGUUGGGCACCUUGAUUGUGCUUUUCAACAUUUGUUGGCUGGAACUGUUGGAGGAGGUACACCCAUGGAUGUGCAAUACUACUGCAGGCGAUGUGAUAGCAAAACCAACCUAAUGAUGCAUGUGUACAAGCUCUUGGAAACAUGUCUAUCCCUUAGAUCAAAGGAGGAAAUUAAGCCUAUCCUAGAUUUGGGCUUAAAUAUCUUGAGUGGUUCAAGACAACCACAAGCAAAAAACUUGGAGAACUACAUGGGAUUAGUGAUGUCAAAGAUUAAUAGUAAGGUUGAUCUUGCUGAAGAUUGGAAAAUGGAUCAUGGUGAUGGCAUGGAAAUACCGUGUGCAGAAGAAUUUUUCCCACCCACAACCAAUGCCACGAUGCUAGGGGAUGAGAAAUAUCCAUAUCAAAUCAAUCCACAUGUUGAUCAUGAGCUACAAGGUGCUGCUAAAGGUGUUCCAGGCCACACUUGAACAGGAAAAGUUCAAGGACAUGCUCAAAGUUUCCAAGGGAUUUGGGGAAAUAGUGGAAAUUUCGUUAAUGGUCAUUUCAAAUUAUCAGCUGAAUAGUUCAAAGUUCGAGUAGCAUAAACCUAGAUUCCAUAGUUUAUUGUAAACCAUACUCUGCAAUGUUAUUGUACUAUUGUAUCUACCGUGUCUCCUUGUUGUAAGCUGCUAACACAGCAUAUUAGCUUGCUCUAAGAGAAUUUGCCCCAGUAUUAAGCAACAAUCGCUCCCAUAUUUAGGAAAAAUUGCUCCAACAUUUUUAAUUAUUAGUUUCAGACAUUAAGAGCACAUUUAAUGAUCA